UUUUAGCAGUUUCUUGACCAAUAAGUAUGUGGGAUUAUCGCCAUUGUCUGUAACCUAUGUACCCACUUGUUUUUUGCCCCAACCUUAUAUACCCAGUUGCCUCCAUUGUCAAAGAUUGAGAUUUGAGGAUUGAAUACCAGGGCUUCUCACUCUGCCUGCAUAUAUACCCAGUGGCCUCCAUUGUCAAGGAUUGGGUAUUGAGGAUUGAACGAAUAUCAGGCCUCUGUCUCUACAUCCGCCAUUGCCAAGGGUUGAGUAUUUGAGGAUUGAGUAGCAGGCCUCUGUCUCUGCAUAAUAACCAGUGGUCUCCAUUGUCAAGGAUUGAGUUCUGAGGAUUGAAACCAGGCAUCUGCUUAAAUACCCAGUGGCCUCCAUUGCCAAAGAUUGUGUUUUUGAGGAUUGAAUACGAGGCCCCUGUCUCUACAUAUAUAUCCAGUGGCCUCCAUUUUCAAGGAUUGAGUAUUGAAUACCAGGCCUCUGUCUCUGCUUCUAUAACCAGUAGCAGCCAUUGUCAAGGAUUGAGUUCUGGGGAUUGAAUAGCAGAUUUGAGUAAAUACUCGUCUCCAGAAGUGGGAAAAUGGUGAGGCAAACGAAGAUGUCCUACAUUUCAAUCCCUGCGGACAUGAUACACACAGUGCCUGCAUCGCUUUUGUCACCCAGGAAGGUGCACAAGCAGAAGGAGAAGGUGUGGCGCAUCAGCCUUGCCAAGAAUCCAAGCUUUUGGGCGGCGGGGAUUUGUGGAUGUGUGUGCAUUUACCUCAUCCUCUGCAUGUGGUGUGGGAGUGACAGCGGUGUGGUAGUGCCAGAGAAUGCAUCUACGCUGGGUUUCCUUCCGGCGCAUGCUCUGGCUACCAAUUUGACGGAGGAAGAGCAAAGCUUUUGGAAGCAGCCGGAUAAUUUGGGAUACCGGCCGUGUUUGGAAUUCAGCAAACAGUUUGAGGCGGAAUCGCUUGUGGUCGUCAGUCGGCGGCGUAGGUAUUUGAUGGUGGUGGUGUCCGGCGGAUUGAAUCAGCAACGCAAUCAGAUUGUGGAUGCAAUCGUCAUCGCUCGUAUUCUUGAAGCCACUCUGGUUGUCCCCAUUUUGCAGGUCAAUCAAAUCUGGGGAGAUGACAGUGAAUUUAGUGACAUAUUUGAUGUGGAGCACCUGAAGCAAACUCUCAAGGAUGAGUUGAGAAUUGUUUCGUCCCUGCCUUCAACUCAUGUGAUGAAGAGGCCUCUGGAGGAGAGCAGGACGCCUAUGAACGCGACCCCCGCCUGGAUUCGAUCGCGGUACAUGAGGCGUUUGAACAGAGAAGGCGUUCUGCUUCUUCGUGGACUCGACUCCAGGCUCUCUAAGGAUCUUCCUUCUGAUCUCCAGAAGCUCCGUUGCAAGGUUGCAUUCCAUGCCCUGAGAUUUGCACAGCCUAUUCGGGAACUUGGAGCCAAGCUUGCACAGAGAAUGUGGAAGCAGGGGCCGUAUGUUGCCCUGCAUCUGAGGCUUGAGAAGGAUGUGUGGGUGCGAACAGGAUGCCUCCCCGGUUUGAGCUCUGAGUAUGAUGCGAUUGUUCAGCAGGAGAGGAAAAACCGGCCAAGUCUUCUGACAGCUCGCUCGAAUUUGAGCUACCAUGAACGCAAGCUUGAGGGGCUUUGUCCUCUCAAUGCCAUGGAAGUUGCCAGACUUCUCAAAGCCCUUGGAGCACCAAGCAAUGCGCACAUAUACUGGGCAGGAGGAGAACCCCUGGGAGGGAUCAAAGCUCUGGAGCCUCUGACGAAAGAAUUCCCUAAUUUUUACAACAAGCGAAGCCUUGCAUUGCCAGGGGAGCUGGAUUCAUUCAAUAAAAAGGAAUCCGUUCUUGCUGCAGUAGACUACAUUGUGUCUCUAAACAGCGAUGUUUUCAUGCCUUCUCAUGGGGGAAACAUGGGCCAUGCCAUUCAGGGUCACAGGGCAUAUGGAGGUCACCGAAAGCACAUAACACCCAACAAACGAAAGAUGCUUCCAUUUUUUCUUGACAAAACACUGACUGAACAAGAUUUCAAUACCAUCAUUGGGAACCUACAUAACCAGUCACUUGGGCAGCCAGAAUUCAGAACAGAUAAGCCAGGGCGUGAUAUUAUAGCUUAUCCAGUCCCAGAGUGCAUGUGCACAUCUCAAUCCAGCACUGCAGCUUCCCUCCCAUAAAUGUUUUCCAUUUCUUGAUUCAUUUUUUCCUGAAGCUCAAACUCUAUCAAAGAGUUUCAAUGAACUCCAAAGAUCUACAGGGCAAUCACUAAGAGACAUGCUCCACAGUCCACAUUAGGGCAAUCAAUUUUCUCCACCCUGACAGUGGAAAAGACAUCUUGCGAAGAAGAAGACAUAUUCAGCACAGCAUAGCCGAUGAGGGAAGCCAACUUGGCUGUAAUUUGGUUUGCAGAGAAGCCAUGGCGAACUGGCAAACAAAGGCAAGACAUGAUGCUAUACAAUAACCCUGAGAAGUUGCACAAAACAUUAACAAUUGUGGUGCACGUCCAUUAAAUCAUGAGAAGACAAAUGAAAAGGACAUGGAGAUCGUAUCAUGCAAUUUCUACUGACUAACUCACUUUUCUCUAGUGCGGUUAAUCAUUCACUGAAAUUGAUGCAGUAAUCAGAGUGAUGCUUAGUCAGAAAAAAACAUUCUGAAACAAUUCUUCCCCACCCAUAUUGAUAUGACUCUACCUGGUGAAACAAACAAAUCUCUUCGUAAAAGAGGUCUGAUUUUAUAGCCAAUUGAAGUGGCCUGCGAGGAACCGCACUACUCAAUAAAGUGCUUUCCCAUAUUAGACUAAUACUAAUAUCAGCAGCAUUGCAAAAGUAUGCUCCCUUGCUCAUUAAUUAAGGCAUUUGGCUCGUAGGCAACUAAUGUAUGUUGGAUUAUUUUCGAACUGCAAAGGAAGCAUAAAUUUAUGAGAAACAUAUAUGGAAUUCCAUUUUCUUUUUUA